AUGGCUUUCUGUGGACCCUCUUGUGCUGUGCCAUCUUGUGCCUCCGCCCCAGCUGUUGGCUUUGGAUCAGCUGGUGCCAGAGGUCUCGGCUAUGGAGGUCUCAGCUAUGGAGGUCUCGGCUCUGGAGGUCUUGGCUAUGGUUUGGGCUACGGCUAUGGAGCUGGUGCCUUGGCCGAAUCCUCAGGAAGCCUGGGCACCCUGGCCGGAGUCAACCCCUCCUGCAUCAACCAGAUCCCAGCAUCUGAGGUGACCAUCCAGCCCCCUGCAGUUGUGGUCACCAUCCCUGGUCCCAUCCUGUCCGCCAGCUGUGAGCCCGUCGCCGUCGGAGGCAACGCACCAUGUGCCCCUGGAGGUAUCGGAGGAGUCGGAGGUUUCGGACGCUUAGGUUCUGGCUACUAUGGAGGCCGGCUGGGGCGUCUUGGUCGCCGUGGCAGCAUCAUCUGCAAUCCUUGCAACCUCCCCUGUUAA